AUGUCGAAGGUUUUCCGUGACUACAAAAUCAUUGCGGCCGAGAAGCAAUUGGAACGUCAGAGCAAGAUCCCCAAAGAGUGGCUGCUAUCCUCAGAUCAAUACCAUGGCGCCACGAAUCUCAUGCAAGUGCCGCGGACGUGUGGCAUCUUGACCGACACCGAGUGCCAAAUCACCUCCGACUUUGAUGCCACUGCCCUUCUAGAGAAGCUCAGGGACGGAGUUUGGACAGCGGAACAGGUCACAGUCGCCUUUUGCAAGAGGGCGGCCAUUGCUCAGCAGUUGACCAACUGCUUGACGGAGAUUUUCUUUGACAGAGGCAUAGAGCAAGCGCGUGCUCUGGAUCGCGAACGGCAAGAAAACCCCCAAAAGCCGCUUCGCCCGCUUCACGGGCUCCCGAUCUCGCUCAAAGAUAGCUUUCAAGUUGCGGGUUACGAUACGUCGACCGGACUGGCAUGUUUUGUCAACGAGCCAGCGGACGAAGACAGUGGCACGGCUGCCAUGCUGCUGGACCUGGGUGCAGUUCUUUACUGCAAGACCAAUCUUCCCCAAACGAUCAUGACCGGUGAUAGCCACAACAAUGUCUUCGGCAGGACCUUGAACCCUCGCAAUACGGCAUUGACGGCGGGUGGAAGCACCGGUGGCGAGGGCGCCCUUCUUGCCCUUCGAGGAAGCGUGCUCGGUGUCGGGACAGACAUUGGCGGCAGCAUUCGUGUCCCGGCUCUCUGCAACGGCAUCUAUGGAUUUCGACCCAGUGUCGGGCUGGUACCGCACGGGGGCGUCAGGGACCUCACGACUCCGGGAACAGAUGGAGUGCGUUCGUCGGCAGGCCCCAUGGCAACGUCGCUUCGCGAUGUUGCUCUUUUCCUCAAAACCACCAUGCUGGCAGAUACUUGGCGGUAUGACAGCACCGUGAUAUCGAUCCCGUGGGUAAAUCUCGAAUCUAAGCAAAAGAUUCGGAUAGGCCUCGUCCUGGACGACGGGAUCCUCACCCCCUCACCGCCGGUCCGACGUGGCCUCAAAAAGGCAGCGGAACUUCUCCAAGCAAGCGGGAAGGUUGAACUCAUUCCGAUGGUUUUGCCUAACGUCGGCGACCAUUAUGGCGACUUACUCAAGUACUGGACACUGCUGGGAAGCGAGAACUACCUGGAGCUCUUCGCUCGGACAGGGGAGCCCGAGGUUCCUUCCGUCAAAGCCAUUGGGAUCACGUCCUUCCCAGGCACAGACCUACGUGGGUUCUUCGAUCUCAACGUGCGCCGUCAAGCAGCAGCACGCAACUAUCUCAAGCUCUUCCGUGAUAACGCCAUCGACGCGAUCAUGAUGCCACCAGCACCACACACCGCCGUACCUUUGGACAAUUGGAAGACGGCCUCUUACACGGGCUUGUGGAAUUAUCUCGACUACCCGGCCGUCGUUAUCCCAGUGGAUACGGUGUGCGAGUCGGACGUUGUGGAUGACCCCAGCAAUGCCAAAUAUGGCGCUGAGGAUGCUCGCAUGUACAGUCUUUAUACGGGACCCGAAGAUUAUAAAGACGCGCCUAUUUGUGUGCAGCUGGUUGGAUACCGGUAUAGAGAUGAAGCAUUGGCCAACACAGCUGCUCUGGUGGAUUCAAUCGUCAACGGCACAGACUGA